UCGAGUCACGCCGGGCUCUUCCGGGCAUGUCAACCACUCUCGAAUCCAAAAAGGUAAACAGAGAGUUGUAGUUUUAUUACCAUCUCUCCGUCUCUGGUACUCCACUGUUAAAUUCUUAAACAUCAGAUGUGACUUUCCCAGAGUGCUGUUGUCGGUCAAACCGUACAUGCUAAUGUGCCUUGCCAACUUGAUAGCUAACUUGUAAGCAGCCUAAAGUUGUGGAGUAGGGAUGACCAAAGCCAGGUGAAGAGAUGGGAUCUGUUCGAUGGGCUUUUCGCUGUGGGUCCUGGACUCCCAGCAGGUCUGAGUGGCUGUUAGCUAACCGCUGCAUUCAGCGAGAGGAAAGAGAGAGGAUCGGACAGUUCGUGUUUGCAAAGGAUGCAAAGUCAGCCAUGGCUGGCAGGUUGUUGCUGAGGAGAUUUGUGUGUGAAAGGAUGAGGAUCCCGUGGUCAGAGAUCAGACUGGACCGAUCUCCCAGAGGGAAACCUUACCUGGCGUCUCCACUAAAGGUCAGUUCAGAUUCAGGUGCUGAACCCCCAGCCUGGAGUUUCAAUCUGUCCCACCAGGGGGACUACGCUGUGCUCGCUGCAGAGCAGGGGGUGCAGGUGGGAGUGGAUAUUAUGAAGAACACCAUGCCAGGUACCAGCUCUGUGCCGGAGUUUUUCCGCAUCAUGACUCGCCAGUUUACAGCGUACGAGUGGAGUGUCAUCCAAUCAGCCAGCUCGGAGCACCUGCAGCUUGCCGCGUUCUACCGCCACUGGGCCUUGAAGGAAAGCUUCAUCAAAGCCAUUGGCACAGGUCUGGGCUUUAACCUGCAGAGGGUGGAGUUUCACCUGGCCUCUGAACCGCUCACACAGAAACAUGUACAGCGCCAGACCAAGAUGCAUCUAGAUGAGGAAGAAGAAGAGGACUGGAUAUUUGAAGAGAGCUUGCUGGAUGCUGACCAUCAUGUUGCUGUAGCACUCGGACCAGCGGGAAAAGCAGGGUCUGCGGCUUUUCGUCCAUCGCUUCCCCCCGCCACCUCAUUUACGCUGCUGUCGUUCAGUGAUCUCACCGCCUCCGCCUCACCUCUGACGGAGGAAGACUCCGCCUGCUGGGACAGCUUCAAGAUGAAGGCUGAAGCUCCACAGAGACAAAGAGAUACACACACAUCCGAACAACCACCUGUCUCACGCUGACGCUCACCUGAGAUGUACACACACAUGCACACCUUUCAUAAGUGCCAAAAUGAAACGCACCCUCACUGACAGUGAAGCUGCUUUUUCAUUCAACGCAAGUCCAGUCAAGUUCAUUUAUAAAACCAAAGAUCACAGGUGUGUCUCAGAGGACUUCAGAAUCCUCACAGCAUCUGACACCUUCUAUCUUUAAAUCCUGUGUUCAGAAGAAGAAGAAGUCUGAUUCUCACAUGAAACACAUGAAAACUACUGUGUGGUACAUCCAAACAUUAGAUGUGAAACAAUAGAUUGAUGGCAGGUAAAUUAUAUUAACUUCCUGUAUAAUUUAUGAAUACACAUUGUCCACCAAGCUUCUCGUUAUGGAUUUUUCACAGCCUCGCCAAUUUACUGUGUGUAAUGUAAUGAUUCCUCUCAAGGCAUCAGCCAUUUCUUUUAUUUUCUCCUGCAGUUAUUACAAGUUCCAUGCACUGCGACAUGUAAAGUAUCCAAGUGCUACUUUGCAUUGUGUUGUACAUUUUUAAAAAAUCCCUGCUCUCAUCUCUAUGUGUCCUCUUCUUGUCUCGCAUGGAAGUACAUGUGCACAGAGCUGGGUCAUAAUUCAGUGUGGUUACAGAUCAAUAUUCUGUGGUGCUUUAGCUCAUGAUCAUAUUAUGUCUGUUUUGAUAUGCUACCAUACCAGUUAACCAUUUUAAUUCAAAUAAAUUGGUUAUUGAACUUG